AUGGCAAGCGCCCGCACGAACCUCACCGACGUCGUGCGCUCGGUGCGGCUGCUCAGGGUCAACGGCUACUGCAUGACCAAGACCAUGGACAGCCUCGAGGGCUGCAUCAGAUCCAGGUGGAACGUCUACGGGUACGACUGGGAGAUCCGCCUGUAUUCCACAGGGCUGCCCGGCCACCAUUCCAUGUACCUGUCAUGGAUAGCGGCGGAGCUCUUCUUCCUCGGCGAAGCCCGUACGCGCAACGUGAAGGCCACUCUCGGCUGUCGCCUGGUAGAUCCGAGGGGGAAGCUUAAACCAUCCGAAGAGAAGAGGCACAGUGGCAAAUUCAAGAAUCCGCAGGACACCUCGCAUCCAAUUUUGCUGAUUGAAAAAAGCUAUCUAGAAAGAUCGGCCUAUCUCAGGGACGAUUCGUUCACUGUGCAGUGCACCAUCACGGUGCUGAAGGAAAUACCCGAUCUGACAGCGAUCUCGGUUAGGGGAAUAAUGGAGGUGCCAUCGUCCAACUUGCACGAGCACCUCGGCGAGCUCCUGAGGAGCGGGGCCGGAGCGGACGUCACGUUUCUUGUCUCCGGCGAGUCCUUCGCCGCGCACAAGGCCAUACUCGCUGCAAGGUCCCCCGUGCUCAUGGCCGAGUUCUUCGGGCAAAUGAAGGAGAGGAGCUCUCGUGACGCGGAGGUCAAGGACAUGGAGGCGGCUGUCUUCAAGGCCAUGCUGCACUUCGUCUACACUGACACGGCGCCUGAGCUUGCUGACGAGAAGACGGAGACGGUGACGGCUAUGGCUCAGCAUCUGCUUGCUGCUGCUGACAGGUACGGGCUGGACAGGCUCAAGCUGAUUUGUGAAGGCAGGCUCUCUGGCGGCAUCAGCGUCGACACGGCGGCGACGACUCUGGCUCUCGCGGAGCAGCAUAACUGUUCCCUGCUCAAGGCAAAGUGCUUGGAGUUUAUAGUCAGAACUCCGGCGACUCUUGAUGCUGUCAUGGCGACGGACGGGUAUGAGCAUCUGGAGGCAAGCUGCCCCUUGGUGCUGCGCGAGCUACUCAAGUCCGCCCGUGGCAGAAAGCGUAGCUAG